UCAUGUUCAACAGCUAAUGUGGUGGUGAUAAUGAAAGACGGAGACGGUUCGGUUCGGUUUUACUGUACCGCGGGAGCCGGUAUGGAGGAGUUCCUGCUGGACGAGGUUAAGAGUAAACUACAUGCCACUGAGGUGGAACACAUCCCUGGCAGGGUGUUUUUUCGCUGCCACUCAAAUCAACAUGACGUCGUGCGACUCAAAUCUGCAGAGCGCCUCUUCCUGCUCCUGCAUAAAGCUCCGCCCACUUCCUUACCAACAAAUCCAGCAAAAGCAGCAAGUGUGAUAGAGCAGAGGAUUGUGGGAAAUCCAGACCUGUGGAGCCGCACUCUGUCCACCUGGUUCUCGCUGCAGGCGGAGCUUAACUGCUCUGAGGGGCGGGGCCAGAAGAGGAAGCGAGAGGAGGAGGAAGAGAGUGUGAAGCAUCCUAGUUUUAGAGUGAGCUGCCGUUGCAGCGGGGCCAUCGCUCGCUCUUAUAACUCCCAGAACCUGAAUCGUAUCAUAGGGAUGGCCAUCAACCGACAGCUUGGAUGGAAAGCUGACCUUCGAGCUCCAACUAUUGAGGCACACACACACACACUCUACCAUUGUUACAAAUAUCUCCCUAUACCAUGGCUAAUGUCUUUGCUGGCUGUUAACGUAUUUGAGUGUUUGAUGUUGCGAGUUAUUUUCCGUGUGUGUGUGUUUAUUCAGGUAAAUGUGUAUUUAAGUGAUGAUCACAGUGUAGUCGGGAUUCCUCUGUUAAGGCAGCCUCUGGCCAGUCGCACUUAUCUGAAGCAUACUGGUCUCAGGUCCACUGUGGCAUGGGCGAUGGCGUCUCUCUGUAAUCUACAGGAGACAUCAGUAGUUUUAGACCCCAUGUGUGGAGUUGGCACCAUAUUGCUAGAGGCGGUGCAGGAGUGUCCGAAUGGCGUGUUUAUAGGGAUGGACAGUGAGGAAGCUCAGAUACACAAAGCUGUAGAGAAUGUGCAAACAGCUGGUCAGGAGGAGAGAGUCCUGAUAAUCCAGUCCUCCUGCAUGGCCCUGCCCCUGCCUUCAGCUUCCGUAGACGCGGUGGUGUGCGACAUCCCGUUCGGCAGGAAGUUCAGCUGCGGCGUCGCCAUGACGACUGCUCUUCCACGCAUCCUAGCUGAGAUGGAGAGCAUCUUUGUGUUCUAUAGAGUUCUCCACCAGGGAGGAAACCUGGUUCUCCUGCUCAGCCUGCAACUCUCAGUCCUGAUUAAGAAACUUAUCGGAACAGACUCGCUCGGCAUGCGGUCAAACGCAGCCGACUGUGACCAGGACGCGCACACCUCGGAGACAAGCGCAGAGAAGUUCUCUCUUAAUUCACUGCUCCUGCAGAGCAAACACAGAGUGAGCCUCGGGAGCACCGACGCACUUAUACACACCUAUAUCAAAAGGCACACCACAUGUGAUGCUCAACUAUAGUGAGUGACCACCUAUCGGAUAUGAAGUGCACUAUUUAGGGAGCCACUACGGCCACCCGAAGGACCCCAUGACCCCAUGACAGCUGUCCCUGAGUUCUGAGCACUUUUUGGUGCUUAGAUCGUUAAAUAAAAUAAGUUUGAUAAUGAAAAAAACAAAAAGGUCAUGGACCCUUUGGCUCUGCCUUAAUAACAUAUGCAGGUCUCUGUUUUCACCCUACAACAAGAACAAGUGCUGUAGGGUACACAUUUUGUACCUUUACUUUGUAUGUUUUACCUGACGAUAAAAAAAACACAAAUAUUAAAGGUAUAUGAAUGGAACUUAAGAUUGGUUAACGAUAACGAUAUAGUACCCUGUUGUACCAAUUUAGUACCAGUUUAACCGGUAUGGUGGUGUACUGAUUAACACUGUUGCCUUGCACCUCCAGGGUUGAGGGUUCGAGUCCUGCCUUUGGGUCUGUGAAGUUUGCAUGCUCUUCCAGCCAUUUGGUGGGUUUCCUCCUGAUACUCUGGUUUCCUUCCAUAGUCUAAAGUCAUGAUGAUUAGGCUAACUGGCUUUUCAGAAUUGCUCGUAGUGUGCUUCCUUCUGGCCCCCAAUGAACUGGCACUCUGUCUUGUUCCCCAAGUAAUGAUUUUGCUCCAUGUAGGGUGCAAAAACUUAUCUCUUACUUUAUGUAGUGCACUUGUGUAAAGGACAUAAGGGGUUUUUGAGAGACAGCCCUGUGGAAGAAACUUACAGCCAAUCAUAUGAAUUCCGUUUAACUUUAAAUAAAAUAUAUCUAAUGUACAUUAAAAUUACAUUUAGAAGCUUUUUAUUAAAUUAAACCCGAACGUACUGUCUGAUUUCUCACAUUCUUCCAAAAGUUUAAGCCACAUUUGUGGGUCGAUCCUGAUCUCAUCAAUAGUGACACAGACAAACCUCCAGCACGAGCCUUUAUCUUAGACACGAUUAGAUCUGGAGCUUAACUUUACUAGUCUGUUCAUGAUCAGAGCGAGAAGACUAAAAAAGGCCAGUAAUCCAAUGGCUGUUUCGCUGGUAGCUAUCACCGAUAUCACAGCUACAACUGACAAGUAGGCAUUUUAUCUCCGGUUUAACUGCAAAUGCUUAGCCAUGAUGACAGGCAUGUCCAGCAGAGAGGUGCGAGGUUUAAAUAAAGCACAGGGUUCAAAUCUAAUUCUUCUUAUUAAGGUGUGAGGAGCAGGGGGCACGUGGCUUAGAUCUGAUUUAAAAGCAUUUAAUAAAGUCUGAAAGCAGUCAUGUGGAGCGAAUCUGUGCUGCAUGUGAUUGUUGACAGUAUUACAGCUGCAAAUCACAGCUUUGGAUUAAUGCACUCGUUCUAAUACAAUAUAAUUUCCAUAGUAACAACUUACUGAAGGAAGACUGAUUCGAAAAAAAUGUAUUGUUGCUAUAAAGACACAGCCAUGUUGCAUUUUUUCUACAGUAUUGUUGUUAAAUGUUUGAGUCAAGCUUUUAUUGUCAUUUCAACCCUAUACAGUUCAAUACACAGUAAAACAAAACGUUUCUUUUUGUUUCACUAAAGAAUUUCUUAACCUUUGCAAAGACAAAAUAUUAAUCAUUUUUAAUGCUUAUGUGUUAAAUAUUUGUUUAAAAUGCUAAAAUAUCCUGUGCAUCUUGGUCCAAACCUGUUUCGUCCAGAGUUCACAAACUCACUUACUCACUCACCUUCUAUACCGCUUUAUCCUGUAUUCAGGGUCUCAGGGACCUGGAGCCUAUCCCAGGAGGCUUAGGGCAUAAGGCAAGGUACAUUCUGGACAGGGUGCCAAUCCAUCGCACACACACAUACACACACUCACACACUACGGGCAAUCUGGAAACGCCAAUCAGCCUAAUCUACAUGUCUUUGGACUGUGGUGGGAAACCGGAUCACCCGGACGAAACCCACCAAGCACGGGGAGAACAUGCAAACUCACAGAGACGGGAAUCGAGCCUGGCUGGGAAUCGAACCCGGACCCUGGAGGUGCAAGGUGACCGUGGUAACCACUACACCAUCAUGCCACCACAAACUGAAUACUGAAUGCUGAAAUGUAAGAAACAUGAAUUUAGCACUAAAUCUGUGUCUAAGUGCAUAUUGUAUCUUUAGUCAGAAUCAUGUCUUAAGCAUGUUAAUUAUUUAAAGAUGAUGUUUUGGUGUUAAACAAAGACUAGAAACAUGUGGUGUUCAAGUCAAACUGGGACUAUUUGUAUAGAAUAAUAGAACACAAUUUUGAGAGUAAAAUCUUUCUCGGAAUCGUCAUUCACAGACGUAUGGCCUAACACGUUUACAUUAUUGAAAUGUUUUACUGUGACUAAGACUCUCUUCACCGUGCUGUGCUUGAAGUCUUCUGUAAGUGUCAAUUGUUUUUACACUAAAAAUUUCAUCCUUGGUUGACCAGAACGCCCAUCAUAGACUAUCUGUUGUAACUGGUGUUUAAAUAUAGCACUUUAUUUAUGCCUGUGUGUAAUAUGUAGUGCAGUGCGUUACAGAGAAUUCUUAUUAUUAUUACUUGCUAAUUGUAAUAAAUCGGGUAUGUUUGCUAGACAUGUGAGAAACCAGUAUAACAGCUGUGCGUGUGUGUGUGUGCGCGCGUAUGUGCUGGGUGGGGUCGACUGUUGUCAAUAGUUUUAAUGUGAACAUUUCUUGUGCAAAUACGUGUUAUGCAAAUUCUGGAUGCCAGAAAAGUCAUCAAGACCUGCUUUAUCGUUUCAGGAAGUGUUGAACAGGAAGUUUCAUUAAAUAAUUAGUUAUUGUUAUAAUUAGCUAUUGUUAAAGAGAAUGAGUUAUACUUGAACUGCAACAUGACACACAUCUUGUACUAUCUGCGCAUACAGUGGAAUAAAGACAGCCAUGUUCUGUCCUUUUGUAGUAAUUUUA